GUUAGUCUCGCUAGCUGUAAGUAGAUGGCUGUGCGACGACGUGAGCUGCAUUCUCUGCAUUUCGCCGCGGCUAGUUCGAUAAAAAUCAGUAGCAGUCGCUCGCAGGGGUUGCGUUUUGGGCUUUGGCGUGGUGGUGUCGUGGUUCUGCGCGAUCCGCGAUUUCUGCGACGAGUUCGCGUGCCGUGCAGUGCUGUGCCGUGUCGUGCCGUGUCGUGCCGUGCCGUGCCGUACCGUUCCGUGGUGAAUUAUCCCGUGAUUAGUCGCGGUAAGUAGACAUCGGUUUUCCUCGCGAUCGCAUUCGCGUCGUUCGGCUCGCGAUGGUGUCCCUUGGCAUUAUGGAUUUUGCCGACUCGGAGUGGUAAAAUCAGCUGUGGAACGGUGCGCGUCCCGUCUCAGUGUAGAAUGACCUAGAAAAGAUUUGGCGCGUAUCCUGGCCAGCAUCUUCGAAACUCGUUUCCCGAGGCGAACCGUGAAAACACAAUUCGAAGGACGUGGAAUGACAGAUGGUGGCUACCAGCAGCAUGGUGUAUGAGGAGAUAGUUGGAAUACGGGGCAGCUGACCCCAGCCUCCGCGCACGCUUUUCACGCGCGAGAUGCCCCACAACUUGAACUCCGCUUCCGCCGACGACGACUCGGGACCCAAUCACCAGGCCUACGCGCACGAAUCUUAUCAUCGACAGAACAAUGGAGACGGACUUCGACCCGAGAAAGAGCCGGUGGAGUUCGACACGUCGCAUUUGCGAGGCGCACCGGCAGAAGUCGAGGCACUGGUGCACAACAUCAAAGAAGUCGCGCAGCAGUUCCUCUACCACUGGAGAACGUUCCCGAUCGUCCUACCGCCGCCUCUGUCCACCUGCAUCGAGGGCGGUGAGGACACGCUCGCUAGGAAGAAACAUCACCUGAGGGACUUCUUCGUAGCGCCCAGCUUCGAUGAGUUGGAUUCGGUCGCCGUCGACGCCAAGGGUGAACCCAGAAGGCUGACCAAGAAGCAGCUGGAGAGCAUCGGCAAGCGAGGCUUUCAGAAGGAGAAGUACGGAAAACCGAAGAAGCUGAAUGCCACUCAAUUGGAGAGCAUUCGAAGAUGCGGGGAAUUCGAGGUGGAUUCGAUCAAUUUCACGGGACAGACGCAUCGAUGGCGAUUGAGCGGACUUCUUCAACGAGGUCGAGACAGAAGACGAGAUGCUCUGCUUCGGGAUCUCGCUUUAGCGACGAGAUUCCUCGUAGUUACCGCCAAGGCUAGAUUAGUCUCUCAUUGCUUCAGCAUUUCACAGUCGUUGAAAGCGUUUCUGACCGGGCUGUUACGGCUUCUCGAUAUUAUAAUUGGCGUGCCAUCGCUGCAAGCACACAAUUUGGAUGCCAAGAUAAGGGAGGAGCGAUGUCGUUACUUGGUCGCUGAACUAGUGUGCAGGCCGGAGUACGAAGAUUCCUUAGAGCUUCUGUGCGGCUUCGUCCGAAAACAGCUUCAACGAGCGACCAUGGAAAAGUUCGAAGUGGAGAGAGAAUUGUCGCAAUUGUUACCUGUCCCCGUUCCUUUCGUAUUCGGGACACCCGCCGGAGCAGUGGUCGAUCUUAGAUUAUUUAGCAGAGACGUUAUCAGAAAAGCUUUACCGAUCCUAGUUUCUAUUUUGGAGAGAGAGACACGAGGCUGGUUUCUUCAUUUCAGAGAAAGACUGAUAUCCGAGUUGAGGGCACGGAAAAAGGCUGACGAGGAGAUAGAGAGGGAAGUGAACGAGGCUGUGAUUCGAGAAUACCUACAACGGGUGUUCUCGAACAUUUUGUCGCAUCCGGAUAUAAUGGAUCUCGGCAACGGAAUCGCUCAACUGUUGGUACAACAAGCGCAAUCGGUCGUGUUGAUGCAACAAGCGUUCAUAACGGUACAACGUAAACUGACGCAAACGAAGGAAGCAUUGAGGCGUCGCAUAGAGAACGAGCAUCCGAUCUUGUCGCGGAUAGAACCGUGGAUGCGUGAUAGGAUGAGAGAAGUCGAAGAGAAGUUCAUCGAGGAAUGCGAAUGGAGCGCGCACGAAGAGGCUCUCGCUCUCUGUACUCAUCAGAAUUUGCAGCAGACUGUGUACUUUCUGAAUCGCGAUUUAACUUUUAUGAAGGAGAGGGAGCCGGUUCUGUUGAAAGAAUUACGGAAGGUAAAAACGCCGACGAGGAGCUUCCAAUGGCCGACCCAGAUAUGGCUUCCGAAAAACUGGAUCGUCAGGCGCAAUUUCCAAGGUCAAUCGGAGAUCAUACCCACGGUGCUGAGCAACACCCCGACCUCCAUUACCACACCACGCGCGGAUCCGAGUCAGCCCGUGUUCUUGGUCGAGAGGGAAAUUGUGCACACGACUACCACGAGGUGGCCCAUGUGGCGUUGGAUAAAUUAUAUGGCCAGAACGUGGUGUUGGACGUGGAACGCGAUGUUUCUGCUUGGCGUGGCGGUACCCUGGUGUAGCCCGGUGUCCGUGCGAGCCCUGCUGCUCGUCCAGCCGUUUACUCCCGAUCUAGAAUUGAGUCAGCUGAACGGGACCCUGUUUCCUAGAAAGUCGUCGCAGAUGCCUACCCUCUGUUCGCGACUGACGACUCUUUGGAGGCACAUCAGCAAGAGCCGGACGCAUUUCGAAACAGAGCCGGACACCGGAUUCAUCGGGAAAGGAAUGACGAGACACUUGAACAGGUUGUGGAACUAUGGCGUGAAAGGUCUCUUGGGAACGUUGAUCAUAUUGUUCGUGUUCCCCGUCGUUUGCAUAGUCACGAGUUUAGGAUCGCUUCUCAUCGCUCUCACCGCGGUUCUCUGGAUGCCCGUAGUCACUUUAGCGUUGCACGCGUUCAUGGCGCUCGUAAUGGAUUUGGACAGUCCGGAACCAAGCAGGAAUCGAUACUUUGUAAUCAUGGAGGCAUUAGUUUGGAACGUCGGUAUACAGGGCUGCCUUCAACCGAUCGCGGCGUUGUUCGUAGCUCUUGUUUUAUGUCCCAUCGUCUCUUUCGUGAUACUUACAGUUGCUGUGAUACGUUACUGGAUUAGAGCAGUCUGGGACACGAUCAUGUUCCAUUUAGUGAUAAAGAACAGGGGUCGCAUACCUGCCAGCGAUAGUUUCGUGGUUAAAAGAAUAGCCGGGCCAGGGUUAACUUCCAAUUAUUAUUAUCAAAUCAGACCCGAACAAGCGUUAGCCGCGUUCGAAGCGAGACUGGAGCUAGACGAAUUGCUAGCCUUCCAACAAGAGACCGAACGAUUGAUCACACAACCGCAAAGAGACUUUUCUCAGUUCGUGGAAGCCUGUUUCGGCCCGUUCGCUGUCAGCCUCGCCAAGACGAAGGAUCCGUACAAAUCGUUGGAGAAAGAAGCCAAAGAUCUGAUCGCCGUACUGCAUGAGAAGCUAGACAGGCGUAGGAAAAAUUUACAGACCGGCCUUGGAAUAGUCGUGAAGAGUAAAAUAAAACUCACCACGUUCGAUCUGAAGGUCGUAAUACAACAGGGAGCAUUGAUGCUCGAACGACUUUAUCCUUCCCACGUGUUCGCGAGAUUAUCCGGGAGCGAGGACGAUUUCUGGGAGAACAAAGGUUUAAGCGUCGGCGAUUGGGCCGGCUUGGCUGGCCUGAUGUACGCGGACAUUUUUAGUUUGAAUUUCCUUCAGCCCCUCGAUGAUAUGGACACGAAGUUCAGGCUGGAACCACAUCCGGGCGUUGAUCUAUCGCGUUACACGGAUAUGGUUCACAGUACUGAAAUAGGCGGAAUGAACGGACCGGAUCUACUCGGCGCCGUUUAUGCACCUCGCGGCAACAUACAAGUUUACAGCCCCUAUCUGGAGGUCUCAGCGUUCAAUCCACGAGCUAGACCGACCAGCAGUAACGGUAGAAAGUCCGACAAGCGAUGCGAAACUAGUGGACCGUUCACUUCGACGAAGAUCAGAAGACGCGCGGCGUCGUCGAACGGCACGGUGGGAGCAGAAUCACGCUGGCAGCCAUGGAAACGACAAAUUCGUCCUUACAGCGCUGAAAAGUUGCUCAUUCCGCUUCCUAUCCCUCACCCGGCCCACAUAGCCGUUAUCGUUCACAAUCGAGACUCGGAAAGUCCGAUCCCGCUCGAUUCGGAACUUUGUCAAAACAUAUUAAAGGCGAUCGAGGAAUCGCCCGGCGAGACGUCCAACGAAUACGUCGGCCGUUACAGAGGCGCGGCCGAUUCCAGUUUCGACUCGGUCGCGUCGCAUUCCUCGGUCUCGGUCGAGACCGGCUUGGUGGACAAAGAUAACGAGACGCGAGAGACGGUGGCGAACACCGAGAAAGAAACCGAAACUUAUCAUUGGACUUUGUCGAAUUGGGGCGGCGGCGGCGGCGGCGGCGGUACGACUCGAAAAAGGAACAAUUCCGGAUCGAUCAAAGUCGAUCUUGCAUCUCCGGAAGACGUUACUCUGGAUACAGAUACCACCAGAGUGAUGUUCAGUACAUACGGAACGACCGUUUGAUCUUUCAACUGAAUUUUACCAUUACGCACCAAGGUAAAUAUAGUAUGUACUACGUAUAUCGAGACACGUCGUGACAGGUGCGCGUAGAGACGAUCAAGUGUAAUUAUAAAUGUAGUAUAAACCAGUUUAGAUUUAGACACGAUCUCUUUCGUUCCAUCUUUCUUUCGUGGUCCAUAAUUAUUUUGCACUGAACGUAAAUUUCGAACUCUUAAACGUCGACGUUGUUUUCUCCUUUGUUCGAAUUAGCAUUAUUUUACGAACGCUGUUUAAUGAACAUGCGUAUCGUUACGCCGUAUGUAGAAUCGCGAGUACACGAUCCCGAUUACCUAAAAUUACCCGUCAUCUUCCGUACCUAAUCGGACGCCUCACGAUUUGAUCGUCGAUCGUCGAAGGUAUUUAUUUAUUUUAAAGAGAAAAAUUACAAAAAAAGAAGUAAGUCGUAGUCGACAUAACCAUAAGUACAUAUAUAUAUAUAGGAUGCUCAUCUGCGAAGUCUGGGAUGUCAUUAAACAUGAUUCAUAAUUUUUAUGUAUGCAGAUUUUAAGCAGAGAUUCUAGUAAUUAGAGUAUUUAGCGAAUGGUCGCCGAGAAUGGCCAUUGAAAGAGAGCCUCUUUAAAUCUACAUAUGUUAAAAAUAAAUUAUACAACAUUCUUAUUCUCAUUGACAUAUUGUAUAUAGAUAGUUUAAGUGUAUAAAUAACACUUGUUAACGUAAUGAUAAUCUCGAAGGAAAAAGUACAUUCUCUCUCUCGUUGUUCACGCUAAGGGACGUUAAAGUCGAUGCAUAAAAAAUGUUUUUCCCUCCUACGUCUCCACCCCAUCCCCAUUCCACCUCUCUUUCGAUAUACGAUAAAUGUAAUUCGUACAGAUUAAAGUCGAUAGAGUCUUUGAAUUCCAAACUGUUCAUAAAAUUCUGAAGCUGCCAGUGUAACGCCCAGUAUGUAGUCUGACAGUAUAUAUACGAUCGUAUACAUUUAAUGGAAACGUGUAAACUUGAGAUCGCACAAUAUUAACAAUAACAACGCUGCGAUAUACUGCGAACUAAAUCACUUAUAUUUAGAUGAUAACGUCUCGGAGGUUUCGGUAGGAUUCGAAUGACGCGGAGCACAGACGUUUUCGAAAUAUUGUUUCUUUCUCUGUUCUCCUCAUCGAUGUUUACGCGUAUUCAAAUAAUAAUUAUCGUCUGCGUCUAGAAGGAGAACGGAUGAUGAAGCAUACCUGUUACAUAUAGGUACGUCUCAUAAAAUCUACGGACAUCAUCUGUUAAAUUGAAAUCGUAUAGAAUACGCACCUAUACUAAAAAUCUGUAAAAUCGGACAAAGAGUAUUUAUAUUAAAUAUUUAACUCUCUAGAUGUCGUAAUAAGAAUAAUUAAGGGAAUAACGAACAUACGAUCUUUCGA